AUGGGGCCCCUCGGGAAUGGGGGCGAUCGUUUGUCACUGCCACUGCGACAGAAGGCGGAUGGGAGAGAAAAUGCCGCACUUUGCAUGGCCCGAGUUGAAGGUGAAGCGACUAGUGGAUACGAAGCCAACAGCUUCAUGGUCCUUUUUGCGAUGUGGUGGUUUCAAGGACGGCGAUUCCCGACAGAAUCCCUCUGUGUCCCACCAGGGCAGCGGGAGAGGAGGGGGUUGCCUCCUCCUCUCCGCCUGACACCCAGGCGACGGGCAAAGGCGGGCACCCUGGUUUGCCUUGGGACGCGAGACCGAAGAAUGGAGCGGUCUUUGUAG